CAACAGCGAAGGUCAUCAUGGGACCAUUUCCUCACCCCUUUCAACCCCCGAUGAAGUUGAUGCAAUCAUUGUAAUUUGUACCGCCUAACCAACAAAUCGAACAUAGAAUUUCGAUUGAUACACUAAUGAGGCUAUAGCGACCCAACUAUCGAACAGCGCAUCUUCUUCCGCGCGCGAACCUGCUGUCACCUUCCUCCGCUCAGUGAAAUAACCGAGGCAAGAUGUCGUCUGUCGUAGAGAGCCUCAAGGCCUCCAUCGAGCGCAUCAUCCUGAACCCCGCGAACCACGACCUCCUCGCGAUCGUGAAAGGCGCCCGCAAUGGCGCCGUCUACGGAGCCAAAGUGCGCUUCCCGCACGCGCUCGUCAUGGUGUUUCUGUUCCGAUCCGGCACCCUCCGACAAAAGGUCAACCUCGUUUUCAAGGCGACGCGGACGCAUGCGCGGAACCUGGCUAAGUUUGCGACGAUCUACAAGCUCACGUGCUAUUUGCUUAAAAACUUUGGCGCGACGCCGGGGAAGGAGGGAAACUACGAUACUUUCAUUGCCGGCCUCAUUGGCGGCUACUUCGUCUUUGGAGGGCGGUCACCUCGCACAGGCAAGAUAUCUUCGGUCAACCAGCAGAUCGUCAUCUACGUUUUUGCCCGUGUGGUCCUAGCACUGGCCCGGUUGACUGUGAAGCCGGGUCACGGACUCCCCUUGGUAUCGCAGCAAGGUCCUUCGGCUAAGAUAAGCCACUAUGCCUGGCCCGUGUUUGCAGCCACCUCGUGGGCAAUGGUCAUGCACCUCUUCCGGUACCAUCCUGAGGAUCUGCAGCCGAGCUUGAGGAGCAGCAUGAAUUAUAUCUACAGAGAAUCGAACGAUUGGGAUGGCCUGAGGAAUUUCGCUUGGCACAAUAAAUAGGGUGGGCAUUGGUUUUAGGAAUGCGAGGAUCUACUGUCAUAAUGUAGGCGUUUAGAGGGAUUCGGUGGGUUUACUUGCCAGUGUAUACUGUGUAGUCAGAUUUCAAAUAUGAUUGGUACUUAUGAAUAACAGACAAGAUAAAAUAGAACUUGAUUUUGCAUU